UCGCACUGAUCGUCCCUCUCGGUGUUUCGGCAGAGGGGCUGCACGCGCGAUUGCGCUAUUGAUACCCACUUUACAGUGUGUCUGUGGAAAGUCACCCUCUCUCUCUCUCUGUCUCUCUCUCUCUCUCUCCCUCGCGCUCCUCUCCUCCUCUCCGGCUGCUCUUUGGUAAACUAACAGGGAGGUGUUAACUACUUUUGCUUGUCCAAAGCGCCUCCCGUUAUCUCCGGCGCUGCUGCGCAAGAGCCACAGGGGCCAGAGCUGCUGAUACUCUACCCGCAGAAAAGUUUUCAGCUUUUUGUGAGGAUAAAAAAAAAGAAGAAAAAGAAGCCGGAAACCCGAGAGUCGUCUUUAUGAAAAGCGGAUUCAUCCACGGCAAGGUUGGUGACCCCCCUGAAGAUGCGGAAUUGGCUUUGACCACCUACAGAUAUCCACCUGUCCCAGAACAUUCGACUUAACCAACAAAUCCAGGAAGGAGAGAGGAAAAAACGUUAUCUCGAACAUUUAUUGUAUUUAAUAUCAGCACUAACCUAAUCCAGACUGCUACUUUAGUGAAUGACAGAACAUGCCCAAUGGCAUUUACGAGGCAUGGAAUGAUCUGAACUGAACAGAGUUCAAGUCUGGUAAUUUGGUUAGAGGCAAAAUAGAAAACUUUAGUUCCACUGCAGAGAAAUGAACUGAAUUCAGCUAAUCUGAACAGACGUUGGUGAUAGUCUUAAUUUUCUUCAAAAACACUCUUUUCUCAAAAAGGGCUGUUUUUGGAGCCCCUUCCUUCAACAAGCCAAAACCUUCAAGUCUCCAACCCGGAUUCCCUUACUUCUUCAGACCCUUUCCAAGGGUCUUGGACAUUGUUUUUAAUCUUAUUGAGGAGGAAUAAUUUCCUCCUUCUGAAAUUCCUGCAGCCUUUUUUGUCAAUCCAGACAUGGACCUCCACCGGGCAGCUUUCAAGAUGGAGAGUUCCUCCUACCUGCCCAAUCCCCUGGCUUCCCCAGCUCUCAUGGUCCUGGCCUCCACAGCCGAAGCUUCUCGCGACGCUUCCAUUCCCUGCCAGCAGCCACGUCCCUUUGGUGUGCCAGUUUCUGUGGAGAAAGACGUCCAUUUGCCAUUCAACAAUGGCUCUUACACUUUUGCGUCAAUGUACCACCGCCAAGGCGCUGUCCCACCAGGAUUCCCCAAUAGGGACUUUCCUCCAUCCCUCCUUCACCUCCAUCAUCAGUUUGCCCCACCUAACCUGGACUGCUCACCCAUCAGCAUGCUGAAUCACAGCGGUGUUGGCGCCUUCCGGCCUUUUGCCUCACCUCCAGAAGAUCGGGAUGGGGCACCAGGAGGGUAUCAGUCUGCUUUCACCCCAGCCAAGCGCCUCAAAGGGUGCCUAGAUGCAGAGUCUUCACCCCAUCUGCGGUACUCUGAUGCUGAAGGGAAAGAGUACGACUUUGGCGGUGCACAGAUCCCUCCCGGGGGCUCCCCCAGCAGCGCCCUGAAAGCAGUGGAAGACAGUGGGAAAAAGAUCUUCGCUGUGUCAGGCCUCCUGUCUGAUAGAGAGACUUCAUCCAGUCCCGAGGACCGCAUUGAACGCUGUAAAAAGAAGAUGUCCCUGUAUGACAGCCAGGCUCCAGUCUGUCCCAUCUGCCAGGUGUUGCUCAGGCCUGGAGAGCUACAGGAACACAUGGAGACAGAGAUAGAGAGGCUAGCCACCAUCUGCCUCAGCAGUAAGAACCCGUCACCCAAGGAUGGAGCGGCCACUCCAGGAACCCCCAAGUCCAUGCUGCUGUCGGUGCACAUCAAGCGUGAGGGAGAGUCUCCUGUGGUCUCACCCCUGUCGUCAGAGGAUGCCCACCACUCCGACAGAUACCAGACAUUUUUACGAGUUCGGGCAAACAGGCAAACGAGAUUGAAUGCUCGUAUAGGGAAGAUGAAGAGGAGGAAGCCUGAGGAAGGGGGCCAGGUAUGUCCGCUGUGCAGCGCCCCAUUGGCUGGGAGCGAGGAGGAGAUGAGUAGACAUGUGGAACAAUGCCUGAUCCAGCGCGAGGGAGCGUUAGGCGACGAUGACUCUGCUGACAUGGAUGGAGAAAAUGGGCGGGGCUUUGAGGAGUACGAGUGGGCGGGACAGAAGAGGAUCAGAGCUACGGCUUUGCUGGAGGGAGGCUUCAGAGCAACUGGCUUUGCCACGUGUAGCAUCAAGGAGAGCGCUGCAGACAGCGAUGCCGACCUAGAUGUAGAUGGAGACGACACCUUGGAGUAUGGCAAGGCUCAGUACACCGAGGCCGACAUCAUCCCCUGCUCCGGUGCUGGAGAGGACCAGGGAGAAGCCAGGGAGCGGGAGGCGCUACGAGGAGCUGUGCUCAACGGGGGGAUGCCUUCUAAUAGAAUAACACCUGAAUUCUCCAAAUGGGUCAACGAUGAGAUGCCUUCAACAAGCAACGGCGAGAGCAGCAAGACAGACCCCAGCACUCCCUCGUCUUCCUCCUCUUCCUCCUCCGCCCCCCGCACCUGUAAAAACAGCGAGAUCGAAAAGGUAACGGAGGAAGAGUCCACGGCAACCACCAUGGAGGCCCUGAAGGCUCGAAUCAGAGAGCUGGAGAAGCAGAUACUCCGAGGAGACCGGUACAAAUGUCUCAUCUGCAUGGACUCCUACACGAUGCCGCUCACCUCCAUCCAGUGCUGGCACGUCCACUGUGAAGAAUGCUGGCUCAGGACUCUGGGAAACAAGAAGCUGUGCCCACAGUGCAACACCAUCACCUCACCCGGAGACCUGAGGCGUGUCUACUUGUAAAGAGCACAACCCCUGCCUUUGUUCCUUCCAGUCCAUUCCUCCAUCUUGGAUUUCUCUCCUUCCCCGUCGAUCAUCUUUAGUUUUUCUCGCUCUGUCUCUCUCUGUCGCGCGGCCUGGGUCGGCAGCUGCCAAGCCUCCACGACAGCUGCGUUUGAGACUGUGCCAGUUCUUCCAGGAGGGCGGCUUGAACAAAUGACUAAGCAAGCGCACUGUGACUAACUCUGACUAUGGUCAGCUGUCUCCUGAGUAACCUGCGCAAAAAAUAAAGGGGAGAAAAAAAAGGGCCCGGAGACCUGGAGUCCCCAAUUGCCAGCAGUUGUUUCCGCGGCCUCAAUGACACAAGAACCUCUAUAACUGUCUAUAAAAUAGAGGGAUCUUACACUGAAGGACUAAGUCAGUGGAAACACCCACUAAGACCUUGUAGCUUCACACUGCUGGAGGUGAACCUGAGAGGAACUUCUUAAUACAGGAUCUAACUCCCCUCCUCCCUGCUAGCUCUUCGUCAGAACUCCAGCGGCUCUGGAUGGCGGGCUUCACCCUGAUGACUUGAGGGAAAGCUUCUUUUCUUAUUUUUGUUCACUAUCAAAGAGACAAACUGAUAGCUUGAUCCAGCUGUUGCUUAAGAAAAAUAUAAAUAUAAGAGCCUGUCCACUAAAACUGAGCUUUCAACCAAACUGAGAGGAGCCUCAUAACCUUGAAAAGGAGUUUGACACUCGCCCUACUCGUUCUCUUCUUCUUCUUCUGCUUCUUCUUCUUCUUCUCCUCCUCCUCCUCCUCUUCACGAGCCCCGCCCUUCUCUCUUCCCCUCUUUUGUGGUGUUCUAGUGCAGUAAACCAAAUUUUCUCCUCCCCCUUACAAGAUGCAGUGCAAGCACAUGUAAUAUAGUUCUAUGUAUGUUUACAAUGUUGGGUGUAAAUUACAUAGACACACACACACACACACACACGACCAUCAGCAGAUACACACAGAAAUAUAUAAUAUCAAAAUCCAGUUUUUUGGUUGGAAGGGGUUGGGGGGAAAAAAUGGCUGGAAUAAAAGAAGCCUUCUGUAUUUUUUAAAAAAGAAGAGAUUCUUUGAAAAAUCUGUUGACGUUUUAUUUGACUGUACAGGAAUUUAAAAAAAAUUGUAAGUAAUAAUAAACUACUCAAACUAGAUGGUCAAGAUUUAGGUGGUGUAAUUUUUCUGCAGAGUACCUCAGAGAAAGGUAGAUCUGAUCUCGGUGUGCGGACAAAUGUUGUGUUAGUUUUAUUAAAUGGAGAGAUUCCCGUUGUCCAAGAGUUCCCGCAAACAAGCAGAACUGUGGAACUGCUGUUUAAUUCACAUAUUGUCCAGCUGAGCUUUUUCUUUUUUAACCUCUUCUUCUGCUUCAUGCUAAUUGGAAUAACACACUGAGAUCAUAUUCUAGACAGUCUUUUUUUGUUUGUUUGUUUGGUUUACCCCUACAUGUCUCAAAAGAAGCUUUUUCCUCCCACAUUGUUCUCAUUCUGCUAUGCUGCAAAAAAAGAAAAAAAAAGAAAACAACUUUAAAAAAAAAAAAAAAAAAGGUCUGUGAAAUGGCAAAUUCCCAAUGGGCAGAAGUCUUUGGAAAAGAAGGAUGGCCAAUGCUGAACUGGCAGCCUCUAGGAACCCACAACCUCCCCCCUCCCUCAAUGGCAGCAGCAUCAGCAACUAAGGUGGUGGUGUGCUUUGUGUUUGUAAAGCUAUGUAUUCUGUGCCGUCUUUAUUGUUGUAAGAAAUAAUGCAAAAAAAAACCCAAGAAAAAAUAAAAUUUCUCAAAAUUC